GUGUGUGCGUCACUCCCAUCAGCAGAUGGAGAGGAGGGGGUGGGGAAGGUAAGGCAGAGAAGAGAGCAGAGCAGAGCAGGGGGGUGGAGGAAACGGAGCUGCAUGUUCCUCCUGCAUCAGCGUCAACAUCACUGCCACGCCAGCCUUCGUCACCGGAAAACACAGACGGAGAAAGAGCGAUAAAAAACAGCGAUACCAGCAGCUCCUCCUCCUCCAGCACAUCCACCCAUCGGGCCCAGACGCUCCCACACCUUCCCCUGGCAUCUGGACGAGCCCCCCCCCCCACGUCACAAGGAGCCCUCCCAGGCAUGACCUGAGAGGAGAGGCUGCUGCUGUCAGACGCUCCGCAGAGACAUGGGCAACCAGGAGGCCAAGCAGAAAAAAGCUGCAGCGGCGUCGGGUAAUGGAAGCUACCCUUCACUGGACGAGGGAUGGAAGGAGGGAGGAGGGGACGGGGGGAAGAAAGGAGGAAAGAAAGUCCACGGUAAGCAUGGAGGAGGAGGAGGAGGAGGGGGGAUGCAUGGCACAGGACCAGGCAAGAAGAAAAACAAAUCGGAGUCCAAGUCGUCUGUGUUCUCCAUCCGGAAGAAAAAGAGUAACCUGAAAGGGAAAGGAGACACAUGUUCUUCUGUGAGCGGGUCCAAGGAGGACGUUCUGGCAUCGCAGCAUGAGCUGGACACCAAAACCCCUGAGCUGUCUGCAGACGAGCUGGGACAGUCCGACACCGAGGCUUUCACCGAGAAGAAGAAGAAGAAACCAGAGCCAGGCAAGAAGGAGAAAGAUGGAGGAGGUGAGGAGAAGAAGCAGGAGGUGCAACGCAAACCGUCGACGGCGGCCACGUCUCCUGCAGAAGACGGAGGAGGACCGAAGGGGGGGAGCUCAGGUUCCGACACCGACAUCUACAGCUUCCACUCGGCGGCGGACCACGAGGAUCUGCUAGCGGACAUCCAGCUGGCCAUCAGGCUCCAGCAGCAGCAGCAGCAGCAGCAGUAUGGGGGUGGGGGGGUGGGCUCCACCGUGGAGAAGGAGCUGGGCUGGGGGGCAGAGGGGAGGAGGAGGCAGAGCAACGGGGGAGUCAAAGUGACUCCUCCAGAGGUGCUGGACCUGACCCCGGAGCUGGAGCUGGGCUCGGACGCGCUGUCCUUCCUGGAGACGGGGGCUCUGUCGGGGUCCGUCAAGCCCCCGGUCCAGGGUCCGGGUCCGGGUCUGGGUCUGCAGCUGCACCUCCGACCAGAGGAACCCCUGAAGACCCAGGAGGAGCAGGAGGAGCAGGAGGAGGUGGGACGUCCAGGGGGAGCCCAGGAGAAAGAAGCCCCUCUUUGUGUGGAUGCAGGCACAAAAGAGCAGCAGCAUGCCCGGGUGCAGCAGCCCCCCCACACAGAUAUCACCAUGGCUACUGCAGGAGGGGGGGCGGCAGCAGUCAGCCCGGUUGCCACGACGACCAGUGGUAACAGCUUCCCCGAUCUCACAUUUGACAGCACUUGGAGAGCCACGGGGGAGCAGGAGGAGGCAGGAGGGGGGAGCCACCAUGAGGAGGAGGAGGAGGUGGGGGAGGAGGGGGAGGAGGUGGGGGAGGAGGUGGAGGUGGGUGUGGGUCCUCCAGCUGCAGACUCGUGUCCAGAACCCACCGAGGGUCCGAGCCCAGGGGCCGGCUUCGACGAAGGCGAGGGUCUCCUGGGCUCGGGUACCAGUGCAGAGUCCCUGGAGGACUGCCUGAGCGCCGGGUCCGAACCCAACCAGACCACCCCCCCCAGCGCCGGGGCCUCCCCCUCAGGUCCGUGCAGGAGGAGCAGCUUCGGCUUCACCCCCGUGCCCCCCCCCCAGGAGAGCCCCACCUUGGCCAAGCGGCUCCUCAGGUCCAACCACUCGUCCUCCACCUCCUCUGGGCCCACGGUCAAACCCUACCCCCCCAUCUUCCCCUCCUACAUCAAGACCACCACCAGACAGCUGAGCUCCCCCGGACACUCCCCCUCCCACAGCCCCCUGUCCCCCCGCAAAGCCCACCACCACCUGCACAGGACGCUGGCCGAGGGCCGCCACAUGCGGCGCCAGCGUUCCCGGAGCCUCAGCGGACCAUUGAGUCGAUCGGCCGACUGGACCGAGGAGCUGGAGAGGAGGAUGAGGAGCAGAGAGGAGGACGACGGAGGCUCGGUGGGUUCAGGGGAGUACCUGGGGGGCUACAGAGGGGGGGGCAGCCAGCCCAUCUGCACCACCAGACGCUCCUCCUGUGGACAGGUGUCCACAUGUGGAUACCAGGACGUCUUCACAGGUCGGACUCUCCUGGAGAAGCUGUUCCUCCAGCAGCAGCAGGAGGAGCCAGAGGAGGCUGAGCGGCUGUGCUCCAGGAUCCUGGCCAUGGGUCUACUGCUGCCCUUCACAGACUGCUUCAGGGAACAGCUGGGAGGAAGCAGCGGACACAUCAGCGGACACAUCACCUCCACCGCCACCAGAUUCGACCAUGACCAGCUGUACACGUGGGCAGCGGUCAACCAGCCUCCACAUUCACUGGAGACACUACCAGGUCCACUCAGAGGGCCCUGGACCCCCAGACCAGGAGGGGACGCCAGGACCACACUCAGAUCCACAGAGGCCGAGGACAAUCAAGAACAGCAGACGGCCACGACCGAUCUGAAACAACAACAGGAGAACCAGGAGUACCAGGAUGAGUGCGUCCUGAAAACGGCCAAACUCAAGGAAAAACACGUUAACGUCAUCCAGCAGCUGGAACAAACCAUCGAGGACCUCAGGACUAAGAUCGCAGAGCUGGAGCGCCAGCCCCCCCUACCGGACGCCGCCAAACCCCCCGCCGUCGCCACCACCGACCGGGAGUGCGGCGGUGAAGACGGCCUCCUGCGGGUGCUGUGCGACGCCCACCUGCAGACGGAGGCCAGCCCCGCCCCCUGCUGCCUGGAGGUCAAGUCGGUGCAGACCUCGCCCAUGGACGACAGCUUUAAGUUCAAAGUGCCUUCGUCUGAGGGGGAGGUGGGCGGAGCCGGCGGCCUCCUGCAGCCGCCCGCCACCGCGCCUGCCGGGUUACAGUGUUCGUGUCAGCUGCAGGCCCCGCCCCCACCGCCACCCCCGCCUCCACAAGGACUAUCAGUACCUCCUCCUCCGCCUCCUCCACCGUUACCAGAUGGAUCCAUGCCGCCGCCUCCUCCUCCUCCACCGCCUCCUCCGCCAGGUUCUGGAGCUCCACCCCCUCCUCCGCCCCCUCCCCUCCCUGGUGGCCUGGCUCCUCCUCCUCCACCUCCUCCUCCUCUUCCUGGAGGCCUGGCUCCUCCUCCUCCACCUCCUCCUUUACCAGGGAUGGGAGCUCCACCCCCUCCUCCGCCUCCUCCCCUCCCUGGUGGCCUGGCUCCUCCCCCUCCUCCGCCUCCACCUCCUCCCCCCGGCUGCGGCCCUCCUCCCCCCCCUCCUCCCCCUGGCUCCCUGUGUGCUCCUCCUCCUCCUGGCGCUCUGGGCUCCCUGCCCCCCCCCCUGCCGUUGGGUUUGUACAGUCUGGGUCUGGCCCAGGACAAACCCCCCAGGAAGGCUGUGGUGGAGCCCCCCAGGCCCAUGAAGCCCCUGUACUGGACCCGGAUCCAGCUGCACUCCAAGAAGGAGGUUUCUUCGUCUUCUUCUUCGUUGGUGUGGGACACCAUCGAGGAGCCGGAAGUGGACUUUGACGAGUUCGUAGAAUUAUUCUCUAAAUCUGCCGUGAAGGAGAAGAAACAGCCUCUGUCGGAUACGAUCACCAAGUCCAAGGCCAAACAGGUGAUGAAGCUCCUGAAUAACAAGCGUUCUCAGGCCGUUGGAAUCCUCAUGUCGUCGCUGCAUCUGGACAUGAAGGACAUUCAACACGCCGUCCUGAACCUGGACAACACUGUGGUGGACCUGGAGACCCUUCAGGCCCUCUAUGAGAAUAGGGCCCAGCAGGAAGAACUGGACAAGAUCGAAAAGCACAUCAAGUCGUCCAAAGACAAGGACAGCGCCAAACCUCUGGACAAACCCGAGCAGUUUCUGCACCAGCUCUCCCUGAUCCCCAACUUCUCCGGUCGAGUCUUCUGCAUCCUGUUCCAGUCCAGCUUCUCCGAAUGUAUGUCAACUUUACUGAGGAAACUGGACCUGCUGCAGAGGGUCUGCAAGACGUUACAGGACAGUGAGAGUGUGAAGAAGGUUCUGGGUCUGAUUCUGGCCUUCGGGAACUUCAUGAACGGCGGGAACCGAACCAGAGGCCAGGCCGACGGCUUCUCACUGGACAUCCUGCCCAAACUCAAAGACGUCAAGAGCAGCGACAGCACAAAGAGUCUCCUGUCCUAUAUUGUUGCGUACUACCUCAGACACUUCGACGAGGAUGCCGGCAGAGAGACGUGCAUCUACCCUCUACCUGAACCUCAUGAACUGUUCCAGGCUUCACAGAUGAAGUUUGAAGACUUUCAGAAAGAUCUGACCCGUCUGAGGAAAGAUCUGAGAGCGUGUACGUCAGAGGUGGAAAAGGUUUGCAAAGUGUCGGACGAGGAAAACCUGCAGCCGUUCAAAGACAAGAUGGAGGAGUUCAUCGCAGAAGCUAAAAGUGAACUGGAAACCCUGGAUACUCAACUGAGCAGCACUCACACACUGUUCCUGGAGCUCACGGUCUUCUUCUCGGUGAAGGCCAAGUCUGGUGAGAAGGAAGUUUCACCAAACACCUUCUUCACCGUUUGGCACGAGUUUUCAUCCGACCUGAAGGAUCAGUGGAAGAAGGAGAAUAAAGCCAUUCUGAAGGAGAGGUUGAAAGCAGCAGAGGAGUGUUUCCGACAGGCCAAGGAAAAGGCUUCGUACAGCGUCAAACCCAAACACGCCUCUGGCAUCAAAGCCAAGCUCGGGAUGAAGAUCUGACUGGGUGGACUCAUUUCCCAGACUUUUGGCACCAGCAGUGAGUCACGUAAAACCACCGGAGGGAAAACGUAAAGACAAUGCAAACAUGAGUGACAGAUCUGUGCAGCUGAGCCCACAGUGGACGUCGGAACAUCUCCAUUGACUUGUGUUUUUGCUGUUUGUUCAGUUCGUUGCCUUACAUUACAGGACUCAAGCGAGCGCUUCAUUCCAGAAUCACACCGACGCAACGGUUUCAGGAAAUCAGUCGAGUGUUUUCAUGAUCACCACGGCUCAUACUCAGCCCUAUGCUUCUACCAGAGCACACAGAAGGAACACACUACUUCUACUGCAUUACAAUCAAUAUACUGGACAGAAAAAAACACACUGACGGCACCAAGAACAAUAACCUGACACAGUAUUAUAUUAUUACUAGUUUAUAUAGAGCAAUGCAUCCAUAAGGUUUACACAUAUAGAACCACUGCAAUAACCUGAGAGUGGAUUAAAGGGGUUCGAUGUAGUAUUUAUGUUCCAAAGUCCAAACCACAACACACCAGUACCAAGAAAACCACCAACAAACAUGUUUCCACACACUGAACACAUCUGUAUUAUUAUUAUUAUGGU